CUCCCCUUCAUCCUCCAGGUGUCCCGGCUCCUCCCCUUCAGUCUUGCACAGGUGUACCGCCUCCUCCCCUCCAGUCUUGCACAGGUGUACCAGCUCCUCCCCUCCAAUCUUACACAGGUGUACUGGCUCCUCCCCUUCAGUCUUGCCCAGGUGUACCGGCUCCUCCCCUUCAGUCUUGCACAGGUGUACAGCUCCUCCCUUUCAGUCUUGCACAGGUGUACCGGCUCCUCCCCUUCAGUCUUGCACAGGUGUACCAGCUCCUCCCCUUCAGUCUUGCACAGGUGUACCGGCUCCUCCCCUUCAGUCUUGCACAGGUGUACCAGCUCCUCCCCUUCAGUCUUGCACAGGUGUACCGGCUCCUCCCUUUCAGUCUUGCACAGGUGUAGUGUACAGCUCCUCCCCUUCACUCUUGCACAGGUGUACAGCUCCUCCCCUUCAGUCUUGCACAGGUGUACAGCUCCUCCCCUUCAGUCUUGCACAGGUGUACAGCUCCUCCCCUUCAGUCUUGCACAGGUGUACAGCUCCUCCCCUUCAGUCUUGCACAGGUGUACAGCUCCUCCCCUUCAGUCUUGCACA